GUUCAUUGAAGUCAGCGACCGCGUUCGCUUCAUCAGUUCUCACUUGUGAUCAGUAAACCGGGUGCAGUGUACAAGAUGCAAAGUUCUUGAUGUUUAGUGAACUGGCUUGAAAACUUGAGACAACUGGAGGCGAAAGCCAAAAAUAAAAAAAAAAACCAGUAGCCACCAUUUACUGUAAUGCCAAGAUGGAUGUGAAAGAAGAGAGGUGUGAGGUUGACAUCAAUGCUGUGGACAUAAUGACUGUAAGCAUUAAGGAGGAGGACUGUGAAUGGGAGUCAGCCCACCCUAACAAGGAGAGUCUCUGCAUCAAGGAGGAAGACUAUCAACUGGUGACAGUGGGCAUGAAACAAGAGGCCGAGGAUACAUCUGUCAGCAUUGAGACACGCAAACAUAAAAUUCUAAAGUGUGUCAACCUUAAGAUGAGGUCUGAGUCAUUACAGCCUGAGAUGGAGAGGACUGGGGAAAUUUCAUCUGUUCAAACUGUGGAAGAGCAGUUACCAGCUAAAACUCACUCUGGACAAAGAGACAAACCUCAUUGCUGUUCUGAAUGUGGCAAACGAUUCUGUGACAGAAGUACUCUUCGGAGACAUGCUAGAAUUCACACGGGAGAAAAGCCGUAUUGCUGCUUGGAAUGUGGAAAACAAUUCUCACGAGUCACCAAUCUUCAGAGACACACAAGAGUUCACACGGGCGAGAAACCAUAUUGCUGUUUGGAAUGUGGUAAAGAAUUUUCACUGAAGUGCACUCUUCAGAGACACACAAAAAUUCACACUGGAGGAAGGCCCCAAGAGAAGCCAUAUUGUUGUUCCGAAUGUGGCAAACAGUUUUCAAAAAUGAGCCAUCUUCAGAGCCACAAAAGGAUUCACACGGGAGAACCUAGAGAGAAGCCAUAUUGCUGUUCUGAAUGUGACAAACGGUUUUCUCAAAGAAGCCAUCUUCAGAGCCACAAGAAAAUUCACACGGGGGAGAGGCCAUAUGGCUGUUCUGAGUGUGGCAAACGAUUUUUGAAAAUGAGCAAUCUUCAGAGCCACAAACGAAUUCACACAGGCGAAAAGCCAUAUGGCUGUUCAGAAUGUGGCAAACUAUUUUCACAUAUGAUCAGCCUUAAGAGACACACUACAGUUCACACAGGUGAGAAGCCAUAUUGGUGUUUUGAAUGUGGCAAACAGUUUUCAUUGAAGAGAAUUCUUCUGCAACACACAAGAAUUCAUACAGGAGAGAAGCCAUUUUGCUGUUCUGAAUGUGGCAAGCAGUUUUCACAAAGGAGUAGUCUUCAGAGCCACAAAAGAAUUCACACAGGAGAGAAGCCGUACUGCUGUUCUGAAUGUGGGAAACAGUUUUCACAAAGAAGCAAUCUUCAGAGCCACAAAAGAAUUCACAGUGGCCCCACCAGAAUGGAAAAUGGAAGACCCCAAAAAUGUACCUUGAGCAAGAAAUUAAGAGGACUAGACACAGUCCAGUGGUCAGUUGAAGAUAAAGAGGAGAUCAUGUACUGCUAUUUCUACGCAACUAACCCAGAGUUCCCAACUAAAGGAUAUGCAAGGAGGGCGCGCACAAAACUGCAGCACAGAAAUAGAAUCUCGAUUUCUAAAUUAGAUAAGGUAACGGAUGCAAAUUUAAGAUCUCUAAUUGGAGUAGUUAAAGAAAGAAACCAAAUAAGUCAAGAGAAAUUAGAAUACCUGCAAAGAACAGCAAAAGAAGAAAUAAGACAGGAAAAAUUGGCAUUUACACCGACAUGAAAGCACAAGCAGCCAAACUGAGUUAAAGAGACACAUUUGAAAACAUUUGGAACUAAAUACCGAAAUACGAUUGGACACACUCAAAAAAUGAUUAUCACAAAGAAGUGGAAUGUCCUCAAAAACCAAUGAUUCGCAAAUAUUUAAAUACUAACAAUAAAGAGAGAGUGUUGUGGAGGAUUCAAGAACGGAAGAAAUGGUGGUUCAGCUGAUAAAAAGUGACAAGAAAAGUUACAGUCAACAGAAACCAUCCUUAAAGUCCAAGAGAAAAUCACUACAGUGAUCCCAGAACAGGAGCAAUCAGAGGAAUUCAAAACAAUAACAACAAAAAUCAACAGAAAAGCACACAGAAACUUACGGAAGAGUGAAGUGACCAAGAAGAACAUGAAGAGGAGCAAGGCAAGCAAUUUAUGGAUUGAACAAAAGGAAAGUGGAUAGACUAUUGUGUAGUAAAACUUGUUGCAUCUAAAGUAACGGCACAGAAGAAAAUCAAAGUAAGGUAACAUCAACAGAAUUACACUCCACCCCGAAUGAAAAUGCAUUAAAGAGAACAUAAAAGCCAUAAGCAGAGAGAUGGCAUUAAUUAAGUAUAUACAAUGAGUGAGGUCUCAGAGUUUUGCCAAAAAUACAACAGGUAAAAUUACCAAGUAGAAAAAGAACACAUGAAGAAAUAAACAUCACAAUGACAAACAACAAACUCAUAACUCCAGCAGAGCCCCAAAAGCUAAGAUAUGAACAGAAACCGACAGAAAAAGGUACAUGAUAGACUACUUCAAAAGACAGUCCAUAAAAGUUCUAGAGGCACCUUAGAAGCAACUUUGCAACCAUACAGAAAAGAAACAAACAUUCUGGAGAACCACAAACAUGGGAAAAUGCCCAAAAACACAGUAAAGAAGGGACACAAACAAGCAAACUACAGGAGGAAAUGGGAAACCUUUGGACUAAAGAAAGAGAAUGGCAUAAAGUAACAGCAGGAGAAUAAGGAAAUAAACUCAAACCUGCUGCUGAUGGGAAGACGUCUGACUUAAACACCAGGAUACGGACCACCGUAUAAAUAUGUUAAAACAACUACCACCGAUAACAUCAAGGUGAAACGCUACCAUAAUAAAGGCCUAAUCGCAGUCACACAUGUAAAAAUAAGAAGAGGGAUAUUUCAAGGAGACUUGCUGUCCUCACUCUUGUUGUGGAUAGCAUUAAACCCACCAAGCACCCUCCUUGAAACCCUCAGUAGUGGAUCCAACAUUAGCAGUCAAAAAUGAACUGAACCUUCCGAUAUUCGUUCACCUUCUAUUUGGGGAUGACAUGCUGCUGCAGAAUAACUGCUUUGCUGAAUAAAAGACAUUUUUGAAUUGCUUCAAGCAGAUAAAUGUGCCAAAGCAACCUUCAUAAACAGACGAUUAACGUCCACUGAAGAUAUCAGCAUUUGAUCAAAAUUGUGUCAGCAGAGCACUAGUUCUAGAAGAAACUUGUGAAUGUUUGGGGAUUAAUAAAGGAGCACCUCUAAACCAGAAAUCACUAAGGCAGCAAAGAAUGCAGCAGCAGAAACAAGAAGCUGCAAGAGUCCUCGAAAAGCCAACAAAAAACUUCAACCCAUAAUCCAGCUAGCAAUCCCUAUCCUGUCCCACAGCACAGGAAUAGAGGUAAGCCAAAAAAUAAAUAAA